AUGGAAUUCAUAAACACUGAACCAUUCACUAUUCCGCCAAAGCAGUUUGAUCAAACUGAAAUUUUCCAUCUCCUUGACGGCUACACUAAGAAUAAAUUUAGUUCGAAAAUUAGUGACAAUGCCAAACUCAGAGAGGGAUUUACAACAAUUCACAAUAUGCGGAGAAGAAUCGCAGACUGUCUGACCACAGAUGUAUCCGGGUACACCCGAUCGGAGGAUCGGGUGAUCGACUCAAUUAAAUACAUAAAACUCUACAUUGAUCUACUUACCGAAUUGGAGAAGUACUUUAUUAUCGACGAGCGUGGAAUGCCAAUAAACUUCGAAUGGUACAAUUGUUUUGAUGAAAGCCGUUUGUCUGUAUUCUUAUCCUCGGAGUUUGAACGCGGCUGCAUGGUCUUUUGUCUUGCUGCGCUCUAUUCGGCGUAUGCUGCCAAUGCAGCAGAGGACGACGCAAUAGUUACUUACAAGGAAGCAUCCGAGUUUUUCCGGUAUUUGCGAGACAACCUCUCGGAUCGGUACAGUCUCGAGGGCGCGACAGAUCUUAGCGUAGAAGCUCUGACGGCCUUCUCUCUGAUUAUGCAAGCGCAAGGAGAAGAACUAUCCGUCGUCAAGAAGGCAACCGGUAUCAACUUCCUGUUUUUGCUUAACCUGUGA